CCUGUAAACAGUUAACUCGUGCAAACAAAAUCCUUAAACAUCUAUUUUUAUGUAAAUGAAAACGCAGGAAUAGUUUCGAUGCACUCACAUAUAAGUGCAGCGUUUUUGUACUUUUCCACAAUUGUUUUGACGUCUUUCGAAACUCACUUUCCCAUUUUACAGACCUUGGAGCUUUAAAUGUUUUUUGUUAUUUUCAUUUCUGAAUUUCCAAAAAUAUAUAUACCAAGUUGUCUUUUUGGGGGAUUAAAAAAAAAAAACAACAUGACCGUAAGACUUUCUAAAUGCGAGAGAAUUGUCGCCGAAACCCGGAAAAGCGCAAUUUCCGGUUUAACAACAGAAGACGCUGUUCGGUGCUGAGCAGCCCGUUAUGUGAUGAAAUGAAGAUACACGAGAAGGUUGUCGCUUAUUUUGAAUCAAGCGACUCACCUGUGGACAAGGAAGGUUAUCUCUUUAAGAAAGGUGACAUCAGGCCUUCCUACCACAAGCGUUGGUUUGUUCUGAAGGGGAACCUCCUCUUCUACAAGGACCACCCGGAUGACCGUGACCUCAUCGGAGUCAUUGUUCUGGAGGGCUGCACCGUCCAGCUGUGCGAGUCCGAGGAGCAGUUCGCCUUUUCGCUGGUGUGGAGCGAGGUGGGCCUGCGACCGUACAAGUUUGCCGCCGAGGACCAGGCCGGCCAGGAGAGCUGGAUCAAGGCCCUGCUCUCGGCCAACCACGGCUACUUGUCUCUGCUGGUGAUGGACCUGGAGAAGAAAUACAAAGAAACAUUAGAGGCUUUGUUCACUGACCCGGCUAACGGCGGCGCCGCCCCAAAUGCGGGUCGUCAUCCGUCGAGCCCACAGUUGUCCGCGUCCACCCGAAACUCAGCAGGCGCGGGAGCAGCGGCCGCAGGCCCCAUCCCGAGCUCCGUCCCAACCCUCAAAACUCCGUCCGUUCCCCUCAAAUCCACCGUCAGGCGGUCGCCCAAACUGUGGCCCAAGAGGACCGCGAGCGUGACCCCCGUUAACGGGCCCGCGCCGCCCGCGGGGGACUUGUCGGCUGUGUGUUCGGGCAACUGGGAGGAAUUCAGCAAAUUGCACGAGGAUUUUGGGAAGGAAGUCAAAGACCUGAUCGCAGAUUGGUCAAGAAGAAAACGAGGCAGCCAAGUGACUCUGAAUGAAAACUUGAUCGAUUUGAGUGGCUUUGAGUAGUAAACUCUUCUAACGGAAUUUUCCAGAUCUCAUUUCAAAAAUUUCAGUGCAGUCUUAUCAUUUGAAAACAACUUCACGGUUCUACCUUCACUUCAGCAUCAAAUGAUUCAUAACCUGGAGUUAAAUUGUACUGAAUACGGAGUAUAAACUAAACCGCAUAUGUAAUAUAAACUUCAAAAUGUAUAGUUGAUAAGAAUGCUAGAGAUUAUGUUACCAGCAUCGUGAACAUUUUGAAUUUUUGUCGCAACCAUCUCUUAGCGCCGCUCCUUAAAAGACACUUUCUUGUCAUUCACCAAAUAAAAAUUUAUGUUAAAUCGAAAUGUCGGCCUUAAUUGUAAGUUUUAUACGCAGUAGCGGCGGCACGGUGUAUCAGGUGGUAAAGCCUCACAGUUCUGAGGACUCGGGUUUGAUCCCGGCCCCGCCAGUGUGGCGUUUGCAUGUUCCUCCCGUUUCUGCGUGGGUUUUCUCCCACAUCGCCAAAAACAUGCAACAUUAAUUGGACACUAAAUUGCCCCGAGGUGCGAUUGUGAGUGCGACUGUUUGUCUCGAUGUGCGCUGCGAUUGGCUGGGGACCAGUUGACGGCUGGGAUAGGCUCCAGCACUCCCCGCGACCCUUGUGAGGAUCAGCGGCAAAGAAAAUGGAUGGAUAUGCCGUAGUGUUUUUUUAGCCUCUUUUUUUUUUUCCCUCAGAUGUUCCAUUCUGAAAGUCAAUUAAAGAGUCUUACCA